UUGUUCAAUAUUUAAGCCAAAUGUACUCAACAAUACAAAAAUUACUUCGAGAAAGAAUUCUUCAAAAUAUUCCAAUUUCAACAUCUCAAUUGGAAGCUUUAGCUAAUAAAUUAAGAAAUAUUAAUGAAAAAGAAGUUGAAUUACAAAGAAAAGAAAAAAGAAAUGAAGAAAAAGAGAAGGCUUUGGAAAAUGAAGAAAAUUUAAAAAAUUCAAAAAUUUCGGCAUUUGAGACAAUAAUGGAAAAUAAUUGGGAAUUAGAACAAAUUAACCAGUCAUUACAAGGAUAUCAAUUAAAUGUUCUUAGUUUAUCUGCUGAAUUACAAAGAACAAAACAAAAGGUGAAAAGGGAUGGGAAAGAUAUUAAAUUUUGA